AUUACAAGGUUGUCUUUCUUCUUUCCAAUUUUUUUUUUCUAGCCAUUUUUGCUCUCUCUUCCCUCCCAAUUCCCUCUCUCUCUUUCAAUCUCACUGACCUAAUUGUCUCUCCUUGAUCAAAUAUCAAGACCACCAUCCAUCACCGCCAAAAUUCACCUCUAAAAUCUAAGAAAAGAUCCCUUCAAAUCUAGUGGGUCUUUCUCAUCUUUGGCACUUACAUAACAUCUAGAUCGACCACCUCUAUCUGUCCAUAUUGGGUGUCGCAUAGGUUAAUUUAGUCACAUAUAUUAGGUCUCAUUUUGACAUAUACUAUAAAGUUUUGUUUGCUACUGAGCUUUGGUUUUCAGCGGUACUGGUGAUAUCAAGAGAUCUCAGGAAAGAAAAGGAGGGAUAAAGAGAGAAUCAAGAAAGAUGACUCCAGCAAAUUUGGCAGGUCAGUUUGGUGACACAACUUAUACUAAGGUAUUUGUUGGAGGGUUGGCUUGGGAAACUCAAAAGGAGACCAUGAAGAAAUACUUUGAGCAGUUUGGUGAGAUCUUGGAAGCUGUUGUCAUCACUGAUAAGGCCACUGGCAGAUCCAAAGGCUAUGGAUUUGUAACUUUUCGAGAACCUGAUGCUGCCAUGAGGGCUUGUGUGGAUGCUGCUCCAGUGAUAGAUGGAAGAAGAGCUAAUUGUAAUCUUGCAUCUAUGGGUGUUCAGAGAUCCAAACCCUCUACCCCAAAGCAUGGAGGAGCAGGGAGGAACUUUAGGGUAAUGAGCUCUUUUCAGACAGGGUUCGGAGGUGGUGUGGGCACAGCUUUUCCUCCAGCUGCAUCCUUCCCUCAUUAUGCCAUCCAACAAGGGAUGCCCUAUAAUGUCUAUGGGUACUCUUCAUACUCGCCAGACUACACAUACCCAACGAGCUACUACAAUGUGUAUGGAGGGGCAACUGCACAGUAUCCCAUGUAUGGAACUGGGCAUGGUGGGCUGAUGAAUGGUUCAGCUGCAGCCUUUUACCCGUAUCUACAAUUUGGAGAAGGAAGUGGAGGAGCCGCCACCAGCUACCCUACUUCCGGGCAGAGCUAUGGUGUCCAGUACCCAUACAACCUGUUCCAGUAUUCAGCCAUUAAUUCAACCACCGGAGGAUAUCCACAGCAUUAUGGUGCACCUAUGUCUCUUGCUCCCACUGCGGCCUUGCCAUCAGUGUGUUUUGCUGUGCCACAGGCGUGACCUUGGCUCUUCAAGCUCCACCAAUUCCUCAUCGCUAGAGGGUGUCCCAGUUUAGCCACUUCUAUUCUGUGAGCUUCCUCAGCUGUUUCAUUCGAGGCCUCAAAUUCCUUCGGCCUAACCAUGGUUCUCUUUCUUUCUCUUCCUAACACAAGCCCAUGUCUGGAUCUUGGGCUUCUUGCACACACAAAACCCCCCAUAGGGGUUAAAAUCUUCUCCAAGAAUUGGAGAGUCAUGCAUCUUUUUUCAUUGCAUCUUUUUGAAAGAAGGGUUCCUCCUUGAAGAGAACCAAUACAUGUGUAUGUAAUCACCAGCUCAAGCUAUUGGAUUAGCUUGGUUGGAAAAAAGUUUCUCAAUCAGUAGCCCCAGAAAGGCUAAGUGAAACAACCAUUUUGUAAAUUUUAGCCUAGGCAAGGCUAAUCAACUUAAAAAUGGUUUGCCAAAAAUGUACAUUCAACAAGAAAGACAGCAAACCCUUCAUUUUGAAGAACAGUUUUUAAAUGGAUAAUCCCUCCAACAUGGCUAAUCACCUCGAGUUGAAGAGGCAGUUUUUAGCGAAAUCAUGGGCAUGGUUGCCCACAGUUUUUUUGUGCAUUAACAUCUAGCUAGCUAGUCUUAGGAUUUUAGAACUAGGACAGUGCAGUCAUGUUUCGAUAAAUGCUUUUACCAACUUUACUUUGAAUUAAUCUUAAAUGUGUUUUAACAAAAGAUCUUUCCUUCGGCGAGGGAAGAAAAUCUUAUCAACUCUUGUUUUUCCUUUCUUGUAAAUUCAAUGGGGCUAAACUUUGGGAGUUUUAGCUCAUUUUAGUAAGCAAUAGGAGGGGUAGUGUUUGUUUACUUUGCAUUUAGUUAUCUUAUUACAACAUCAUGCUAAGAACUCCAUAAAUGGAUGUGGAGCUCAAAGCACCCUGCAUGUAACCCAGGGAGAUAUUUUGGUUCCCUUGGGUUCUUUUCCUCUAACCCACCAACCAUGGUUAGGACUUAGGCCAGCUUCACCAAUCUCUGCCGUCUCUCCUUCCCUCCCUCCCUCCCUCUCUCUCUCCAUGGAACUUUUACCUGGAGAUGGACAAGAAUACUUUUUAUAUUAUGUAUAAGCCUAUGGUUUGGAUUGUAAUUAGAAUGCUACUUAGGAUAACAUUCAUUCUUCAACAAUGGUGGUUGAGAAUGGAUAUAUUACUUACUUCUAUGCUUUAAUUUGGGACUGAUAUGCUUCUUCGUUAA